CAACAACAAAACAUUCCGUACUGGGCCGUUCAGUAUUCAGAGAAUUAGCAAAGGAUACCAUUUUACUUGCCUUUCAUCCGUCGUUUGGUAUACAAACUGCAUUCUUUUUCUGUCUUCGCCAAUUGUAGACGAUUGUGCGGAAAGAGCUUUAAGAAAAAAAGAAUCCAGUCUUAUUUCAAUUCUCGUCUAAUAUAUAUUUUGUUGUUCGUUUUCAAACCAGUUUUUAUUUUCCUUUUUUCGUCGUUUGUUACUUUGCUUGUCAUAGUGCAGAAGAUAUAUUGCUGAAUAACUAAGUUUUUAUUUCUUUACAAACGGAAGAAAAGAAAAAAGAAGUUCUCUCUUCAAGUGAAGUUCAUUUUCGUCUCUUUAAAUCUCAAUUUCUAUCAUUUAUCAAAUUGUCGCUAUUGGGGUUUUCGCUGUAUACCCACGGAAGGUUCUCGGUUGUGGAAUUUUUGUAACCAUUUUUAUUAAUUCUUUCAUUUCGAUUGUACUAUCUCUCGAACAUACAGGCUGAUUGAUUGAUUACCCUUUAACAUAGGGUAGAAAUAUUUAAUCAUAAUCAACUGAAACUAGAAUAUUGUUUUUAAAAAUCACACUUUUAAUAUCCCCCCCCCCCUUCUGGUUUUAUUUAUAUAGAAGUUAAUUCUUUUGGUUUUUUAUUUUCUUUUUCUUAUCUUUUCUUUUAGUUUUUUUGGUUGUUAAUCCUUAUUGAAUUAUGUCAAGUGGAAAUACCGAUUCUUCUGUAGAUCCUCUGAGUGCGGAUCUUGAAAAACAAAGCACCCAUCGUUCUCAUGAAUAUGAAGAUGAAGGAUUUGACUUGGAAAAACAAAAUACUCGACACACUUAUACUCAUAAGCAAGUUGGUUCGGAUAUCGAAUUCAACGAUUAUCUUCGACAAUUCCCUGUCGUUAACAACCCUGAAGAUUUUAUCGUCGACCUGAAUGGCCCAAACGAUCCUAGCUUGGCUCAGAACUGGAGCUUAAGGAUUAAGCUACAGAAUGUUGCGGUCAUGGGAUGCGCUUGUCUGUGGGUCAGUUUUGGUUCCUCUUCCUUUUCCGGUGCCGUUCCUGCGGUAAUGAUGAAUUAUCAUGUUGGGAGAACCGUUGCAAUUCUUGGUAUCAGUCUUUAUGUGAUGGGCUUUGCUUCAGGACCUCUUUUUUGGGCUCCAAUGAGUGAAGCUUUUGGACGCCGUAGACCUAUGAUCAUUGCUGUCUUUAUUUUUAGCAUUUUUCAAAUUGCCGUCGCCACCGCCAAAGAUAUCCAAACCGUUAUGAUUUGUCGGUUCUUUUGCGGUUUCUUUGGUAGUUCUCCCGUCACCACAGUUGCUGGUUCGUUCUCCGAUAUGUUUAGUGCUCGGACAAGAGGCUUGGUAAUUGCAACAUAUGCUGCAAUUAUUUUCAAUGGUCCCUUGGUCAGUCCUAUCGUUGGUGGCUUUAUCGGCAAGUCCUAUUUAGGAUGGCGGUGGAUUUCAUAUAUCACAGCAAUCAUGGGGUUCUUCUCAUUGAUAUGCAUGCUUAUCUUCCACCGUGAGACGUAUACAAAAACGAUUACUGAGGACCGUGCAAAAUUGGUUCGAAAAUUAACUGGUAAUUACUGUUUGCACUCCAAAUCCGAAGAGGAAACCUUGGCUUUGUCAUACUUUGUUCACAAAUACUUGACCCUUCCGCUUCGCUUACUUUUAUUUGAACCCAUCUUGUUGCUGGUAUCCACAUACACUGCGUUUGUGUAUGGUAUUUUAUAUGGUCUUUUGGAAGCAUAUCCAGUAAUUUUCGGUGAAGCCAGGGGAUGGAGUGAAGGUGUCAUGUCUUUACCUUAUCUUGCCAUUCUGGUGGGCGUCUGCAUAGGUUCUAUCAGUGUUGCCUUCUUCCAACCAUAUUAUUUUCGACAAAUGGAAAAGAAGAACGGCAGGCCGGCUCCUGAAGCACGACUUCCUGCUAUGAUGCUUGGAUGUAUUGUGUUUCCGAUUGGUAUUUUUUGGUUAGCAUGGACUGGCAAUUAUCCAAAAAUUCAUUGGAUUGUCCCAACUAUAUCCGGCAGCUUUGUGGGUUUUGGUAUUAUUACAAUCUUUCAACAAAGUAUAAAUUACAUCGUCGACUGUUAUAUGGACAUUUCUGCAUCUGCUAUUGCAGCCAACACCCUGUUUCGUAGUUCGUUUGGUGCUGCUUUUCCUUUGUUCACUACUCAAAUGUUUAAUAACUUAGGAAUUGGUUGGGCUGGAUCUCUAGUAGGUUUUGUUGCUGUCGCUCUUAUCCCGUUCCCCUUUUUCCUUUUCAUAUACGGCUCUAAGAUCCGUUCCAUGAGUAAGUUGUGUCUUAAAGAUUUACCUUGAAAAAAUGUAUGUUUUUCUUUAUACUGAUAGUUCUCUAUCGUGGUUGGGGUCAGAAAUGCAUUCAUGUUUGCAUCGGAAUGAUUUAAGACAAACUAUGAUAUAAAAGCGCAAUAGAAGAUACGAAUUGUUUCUUCUAAUGAGAGGACUACUCUCUUUUGUAAAAUUAUUUAUUUUAGCUUCUUCCCCUUAAUGAAUGUCUAUUUGCUUCAUACUCUUGUCAAGUUUUAACUGACAUAUGUUGUGUGAUGGAAAAUUUAUUCUCAAUAUAGCGUGAAAGGAAGGAGUUUUCUCAAAACCCAACAAUAGUAACUACGGGUUAAAGUACCUGGCUGAAGAAUUAGUAUAUUCAGCGUCAAUGGAAGUUUCCUUUUUGAACUUUGGUUUGUUUGAAAUCGGAAAAGAGAGUUGCUUUACUUUAUGUUUUGUUCUUACCGACAUUGCAAUCAAAAUCUAUUGCUUUAGGUAACAGAUCUUAUAUUAAAUAAUUAAGACGAUAAUCUGAACGAGUAACAAGUUUCUACACUAGAAGCAUCAAGAGAGAAUAAAGGGUCAUUAGAUUUGUUUUUCUUUCAGUAUAUCGCAUAGAAUUAGUUAUAUUUUUUUCUCAGCAAUGACCGGCGAAAAGUUGCAGUACGCUAUGGAUAAAAUUGCUAAUGAAUGAUAACCAUGGAAAUCCGUUCAACCUCUAAAAUAUAACAUAUAAAUAUAACC